CUUCCCCCAUUCUCUCUUCAAUUCUGAAAACUCUAUACACCAAAUUACCAGAACCAAAACAAGUAGCCAUGGCAACCAACGGAACCCCAAGCCCAGCCCAAGCCCCAAAAUCCGUCGACGCCAAGCCAGUUGUCACCGACGAGGUUCAGAGAGUCUUCAAAAGCUUCGACGCCAAUGGUGACGGCAAGAUCUCCGUCUCCGAGCUCGGCAACGUGCUCAAGGCCCUCGGCUCCAGCGUCUCUGCCGAUGAGCUUCAGCGUGUCAUGGGCGAUCUCGACACCGACCGCGACGGCUUCAUUUGCCUCGACGAGUUCAACGCCUUCUGGGUCUCCGGCUCCAAGGACGGCAACGCAGCCGAGCUUCGCGACGCCUUCGAUCUCUACGACCAGGACCGCAACGGCCUCAUCUCGGCCAACGAGCUCCAUAUGGUGCUCAAUCAACUCCAAAUGACUUGCAGCCUCGAAGAUUGCAAUCGGAUGAUCAAGUCCGUUGAUGCUGACGGCGAUGGGAAUGUGAAUUUCGAGGAGUUCAAGAAGAUGAUGGGCAACAACGCCAGUACCGUUAGCAACACCAACGCCUAGUGCACAUGGUAGUCUCUUGUCUAUGAUCUUAGAUCCGAAUCUCCAUCUCUCUUCUUCCCCCCCGUCUGUGAAAGUUAAAAGUUAGGGUUGACUUUUGAAAUUUAGGAAAAUAAUUUUGGGAAAGGGUUUUUAUAUACCAAUAUUAGAUCAAGUGGAUGUGCAAAAAGGAUCUAACACAUCCUUUCCUUUUAUAUAUAGUUUCUGUGAUUAUAUUGUGGGCUGUUCAAAAUCACACUACUUGAAAGGAGGCAAAAUUUAUCUUCUUUGCUUUCUGUUUGUUUCGCGAGAAAAUCCUCUCCCUUAAUGAAAUAUUAUGACGCUACCUGUUUUGUUUUAUUUUA